AUGAAUAACGGGAAACUCUUUUCGUUGUUGUUAACCGUUGGUGCUGCGGUAGUUGUUUUCGUAUCGCUCUUUUAUGUGCUACGCAAGGACGAUUCAGAAAAUGUCAGUAGCCGUGCUACUCCUGCGGCAGCAUUGCAUUUGUUCGUCUCUAUAUCUUCUUCUGAAGAAUCCAACCUCAGAGGAGGUCUAGGAAAUGCACCUGUCCUAGAUCUUAGACAUAAGUCUGGAAAUUACGCGGCUGGUUCGUCUCAGGUUACUUUGGUCCCUGGCACUGUUGCUGACUUGUCAGGAUACACCAAGUUUGUGCAUACAUUAGCACAGCCAGUGGCAGCCCCUUCUGUGCUCAUUGAUGGUAAGCAUGUAGAUGCUGGACUUCCAGAGCCGGUGGCCAGUGCUACUGCAUUCUGGUGGUUUGACACACCAGUGCUUGUCUUAUUGACAACUGCUGCCAAAGUUCCAAAACAUCAUCACUACUUUCCUAAUGUUACUACUACUGGAAUUGUAUGGACUAAGUUGGAGCUUUCUCCAGCUGGAUCAGCACUUGCAGAUGAUCAACUCAAGGCAAAGUUGGAUGAGUUGAACGGAAACUUGGGAAACGUUGCACUUCUUGAUAUCGGAAAAACUUUGGAUGCAGCAACUGGUUCUUAUACCUUUGGUCUUAAUGGAAACCUUGUUACCAUUGCCCUUGCCAGACAUACUAGCAGUUUGUCCGAGUUUGUCAAGGUUCAACACAAACUUCCUAAGGGCCUACCAUUUAAGGUUGGAAGUUUUUCAUUCUUUGGUACAGAAUUGGAACUAGCUGUUCCUGCUCUUCCAGUUACUCUUGUCUCCGUUUUCUGGUUUCAUGACUUUCCUCUUUUGGUUCAGGUCGAUCAUACCUCAGGAGAACCCACCUUCUUCUCUUUCAAUGUUGUUACAAACUCUUGGAAGAGAGAGCCUGUUCUAUCCAGUCUUAGAGGAAAACUUAACAAGCUUAAGGCUUCAUUGGGUGUUCCAGUAACUCUUGACCUUUCUGUGAAGGGUGAGAGAAGCCUUACUUAUAGGUCCGGUAAGACCGUUGUUACUGUUGUGGAGACCCAAACUGAUGCUACCGGCUUCAAGAAGUUUGCUCACAGAUUUUCAACAGGUGCGCAUUUCGCAAUCGGUUAUCUUUACAACGGAGUUCAUCAAGCAGGAAUCCCAUCUGUUAGACUAUUUUCUGCCUCUGUUUACUGGUGGGACACCGUUCCUGUCCUGUUGAAAUUGACACUAUCUGUGGCCGAUGGUAACGCCGGAAGGAAUAGAUACUUUUCAAAUGACGGAUCUGGAGUCUGGACUGAAAAGAUUUUGGCUGAUUUCGGUAACUCCAGUGCUAAUUUGCUCGCUGAACUUGUUGCUGAACAGAGAAAGUUGGCUAGUGCUUCUCCUGCUUUCGCUUUGGAUCUUGGAGCAAAGGCUAAUUAUCUUACCCUUGGUAAGGUUGUUUCCGUUGCUGAGUAUUCCGGACAGUUGACAGCAGGAUUUAAAGGAUUUGUACAUACCAAGUCCGAUGCUGCGACAUUUCAACUAGAAAAACUUGGUUUAAAUGGUAGCGACUUGGCUGUUGCUCCUUCCGACGCUCUGAAGAAGGCUGUUGCUGGGGUAACUGUCUUUUGGUUUUAUGAUUUGCCACUUCUCGCAAAGGUUGAUCGUUCUGGUGCUACAUCAGAUGCUGCUGCAUCUGAAUAUUUUGCUUUUGAUGGAGUAAGUGGUUCAUGGGCAAAGGUUGCUGCUGGUGAUUUGAAUGUUCUUUUGACCAAUGCCAGGAAUGGGUUGGGUGGAGUAACAUUGGAUCUUGGCAAGUUUUCUGGAUCUUACAAGACCUCUUUUGCAUCCGUUACCGUUGGUGAAGUUUCUGGAAGCGGAGACCCUCCACAUGGCUUUUCUAAACUUGUUCACAACCUUUCUCUUCCAUUGCCAUUGAAGAAACUCAAGCAUUUUGAUGUAGAGUUUGUUUUGAAGGAGAAGGCAGAGAAAACUGCUCCUGUUGCUGGAGCCAGCGGAGCUGCUGGUGAAGAUGGUGCUAAAGUACCUUCAUCUACGACACCUAAGGAACCAGCUCCAACUACUACAAAGGAGCCUGCACCUACAACUCCAGAAGAACCCGCACCUUCUGCGCCUCCGGCUGUUCCAGAGGCUCAACAAUCACAGGCUGCAGGAGCUGCAGCCUCUUCAGUUGCUCCAAAAUCUGCUCCUAAGGACGAACUUGUGGAUGUUGCUGAGGGUUCACUGACUGUCUUCGAUUUAACUGUCUACUUCUUUGACAAUGUUCCUCUUCUUCUCAAGGUUCAAACUGCUCCAGGAGUUUAUGUUCAUUUCAAAAAUCUUUUGGAUGGAGGUGCUUGGGUUAAGGAAACAGUAGAAGUAGCUGAUGUAGCUAGCAAAUUGGGAGAGCUCAGAAAGGCAUUGACUUCUGUUGUUUCAUUGGAUGUUUGCAAGCUUCCUCCAACUGGAGACUCUCUUGAUUAUACAUUAACUCCAUCUGCUGGAGCUUCAGCUGUUUCUGUAGCUCUUGCUAAGGAUGUGGAAUCCAAUUUUGAGGGCCUUACAGUUUUUGCCCACAAAUUCCCUCAGGAUUCCUCAGUUAAGCUUUCCAAUCUCACAUGCAAUGGAAGACUUCUUUCCGGUGUUCCCAUUGAUGUUGUAAAGACUACCAGAGUCUACUUCUCUGGAAACUUGCCAGUUAUGGUUCAGACGAAUUCUACACCAAAAUACUACUAUACUAAUGGUACUGGUGGACUUUCUCGUUACACUCUUCCCGCUGAAAAGAUCUCCCUCGCCCCUGCAGAGCUUUCUGGAAUUUUGGAUGAUUUUAAAAAUAACUUGGGAAAAAUCGUGGUUUUGAAACUCGAAAGUAAGGUAGAUUACACUGUUGACGGUGUAAGCGUUAGUGCUUCUGCCUUUAAUCGUCAUGAUGGUCUCGUUGAAGUUGUCCAUAAAUUAGUUACAGGAGCAGGUUCCACAUUUACGGUUUCUGAUUUUGCCUUUGGCGGAGCUUCCCUUCCUGGUUUACCCGCUGGGUUGACCCUUCACUCUGCAACUGUUUAUUUUGAUGGUGAUAAGCCUCUCUUGUUUGAACUUAAGACUCCAUCAGAAAACUAUCUUUACUAUGCCUACGUUUAUGGUUUCUGUGUUAAAGAUUUGGUUUUGGAUGUUCCACUAGAGGGUGAUGAUUUGGCUGAUAAACUCGCUGAACUCAAGAGUGGACUUGAUAACGUUUUCUCUUUGGAUAUUGAUGUGCAUGCUGAUAAGAGUUUCUUGGCACUUGAUGUUACCGAUGAAUUCCCAGCUGAAGAUUUCUCUACAUUUGUUUAUACUCCACAUGAUGGCAAAUAUCCUUUCAUGUUGAAGGCUUUGACUUUGGGUGGUGAACCUUUGGUCGUACCUGAUUUGUUAAACUUUCACUUGGACAAACUUUCUGUUUUCAACCUGUUUGAUACUCCAGUUCUUUUGCAUCUUCAUUUGUUUGAUGGCAAAUCUGUUUACUUCAAGACCAAAUUUAAUGGAAGCUGGGAACUAGUAGCCUUAUCUGCUAAUACUGACGAAGGUUUGGAGGCUAAGCUUAUCGAGUUGAAGGAGGAAUUUACAACUUUUGCAACAUUGGAUGUUAGCAAGGUUGUUAGCUAUAGUGCUGAUGGUAAGGAUGUUACUGUAUCAGCACCGGCUGAUGUUCAGAACGCCCAGACAGCAGAUGGAUUUAAGGUAUUUUCUCACACUUUGAAAUCAGUUACCGGAAAUUUUAAGGUAGCAAAGGUAACUUAUAACGGUGCUGGUAUUGGAAUCACUCCUCCUGCUGAGGAAGUGAAAGUCGUAAAGGUUUACACUGAUGGGGAUUCAUUUCCAUUACUUUUGGAAUUGGAGGUACCACAUACUGUACACCCCGUUGCAAAGGUAGAACAGGUUCCGGGUCCUGUUUCUCCAGGAACUUCUGGAUCAACUGAAUCUACAGUUAAGGCCAAUGCGGUUCCAUCCCUACAGUCUGCAGGACCACCUCAUGGAGGUUCUACUGCUGUUCCAAAUCAACCUGGAGCUGAAGCUGGAGUAGAAAACAAUGCUGGUGGGCUUGGUGAUACUCGGACUCAAGCCUUAGGCACUUCUGGAGCUUCUCAAGGUGCUGAUUCUGCUAAUCCUAAUCCUGCUCAAGAACACAAUGAUCCCGCUCCACCUCUGGCGCAGCCAAGAGCUCCUUUACCAGCUCCGGAGCCAACACCAAAGGUUGUGAUAAAGCACCUAUAUUUUGCAAACAACGGUCUUACAUGGGUUGAUAUUUCUUCUAAAGAUGGUGUAGUUCUUGCUGACUUAGUAGUAAAACUUGGUGAAUUAAAGGCUAAAUUUGUUAACAAAUUCGUAUUUGACCUUGGCAAUGCUUUCUCCUACACAGAGCCCAAGGAACUUCCAGAGACACCAACUGAAUAUUUCAACGUCGUUUUCUCUGAGUCACCAGAGGUUUUACAUGGUUUCUCAGUUUCUACCCAUACCCUGGAAAAGUGGAUUAUCCCUGAAGUACAGGUUCCUUCUGCUCUUCCCACUGUAGCUGGAGGUGAAGCUGAAACUAAUGGUAAGGCCCUUAAAACAUUGGUAGAUGCCCUAGCUGAUGAAGAAGCUAAGAAGUUGGUUGAGACAUUCCACGAAUAUCUGAAGGCUUUGGCUGCUUUGACCGAAUCUAACAAGAAAUAUUUAGAGAAAGAAGCAGAAAACAAUAAAAAGGAGACUAAGGAUGAUUUGACAAAGACAGCUGAACACACAACUUGGAUUAAUAAUACUACUUCUGCAUUUGGAAAGUUUGCUGAGUUUUUGACUGCUGCAGAUGCCAUUAAAUCUUGGGACGACUUUUUUGGCGAAUUCCAUGCUACCCUUGAAAGAUUGCAAGAGUCAGUUGAUCUUCAAAAGGCUUCUAGUGUUUCUGACGUACUUCUUGAGUUAGAAGAGCUCAAGGAUCCUCUUGAGAAGAAGGCGUUCGCAUUAGUUAAGGGAAAGCUUCCUGAAGAGCUUGCUGCUAUUGCAGCUCCUGGCGUUGAGGUUGCACCUAAAUCCGUUCCUGCUCCUGUCAAGGCCGCUAAACCAGUUGUAGAUCCCUCUGCCCCAACCCCAAGAGAUCCAAAGACAGUGGUAUUUGCCAAGGGAUUUGAAUUCAAUAGAUUGGGAUUGGUUGGAUUGCCUCUUGAAGAAGUUGUAGAAUUUUCUGUAUACUGGUGGAAUGACAAGGUUCCCGGUUUGCUCCAUUUGCAUACCGGUUCUCAUCACAAGUACUACCAUAACUUGGGAGCUUUGGACAAUACAAAAUGGGCUCUUUUCCAGUCCUUGGAAAAGCCAUUGGAGGAUGAUGUUUUGGGUUCUCUGCUAGGUAACGUUAAGGCCAGGUUUGCUCCAUCUGUGGUUAUCGAACUUGGUAGAACCGUUAGUUCAGGUUCCUGGGCUAAAUACCUGGCAAAUGGUUUCCCACUAAGGGUUGUACCAUUCGAACUUUCUGACAUUGGAUUUAAGGCUUUUGCCCACAUCUCCUCUUCUCCAGAGAACCACCUCUUUGGACUCUCUGAGGUAGACUUUUUGGGUAAUAAAGUUUUUGAUGGACAUUCAUUAGGUUUUGUAUCAGCUGUUUCCGUCUUUUUCAGUGCUGAAGACGUACCCUUGCUCGUGGAGGUUGAAUAUACUAGAUCCAAAAAGGGACAUACAGCUUUGAAAUAUGCUUACUUUGAGAAUAAGGGUUCUGACGGUUGGAAGCGCCAUCAUCUCCCUCGUGGUAUGAGAGUUCUUUCGGGCCCCGAACUUAAGAAUAAAUUGGAAGCUUUGAAUAGACUUCACACAGUUUUUGCCACUCUUAAGUUUGGUGUUUCUUUCCCUGAAGCUACCGCGGAUGGAGCUCAAUCUACUAGUUACACAACUGGUGCUGAUGGUGUUACAACUGUUACUGUUACUAAAGGCAAGCUCACAAUUGAUGACACUCAUUUCUUCAAACACGCCUUUGGAUUCUCUGCUACUCCAAAGCCAGAACAGGAUUUGGGCAAUUCCGGAGUUAGUGCUUCUGAUCCCGCUGGACCUCAACAACCUCCUGGUCCUGCUCAAGUCUCACCUCAAUCUGAUGAACAAUCUCUCACCUCUAACUUAUCUGACCAAGAUACUGCUAACCAAGGUGCAGAUACUCAAGCUGGAGGUUCUAGGACUUCUAAAACACCUUCGUUAUUUAGUUUUCUCACCGAUGUAUUUGUCAAUGUAGCUCGUACCGGUGUAGAUAUUGUUGACACUACUGUCGUUUCUACCGCUGAAGAUGCUGCAAUUUAUGCUGCUGGUGCUCUAGGACUUGCUGAAAAGCCUGGAGAUUGUCCUCACCAGGCCUUGAGACUUGAACAUGAUGGUAAAUUCCUAGGCUUUGUUCAUGUUGGUAAGAAUGUUUCUAGUGCAUCUCUUUAUGGACACGGUGAUUUACCACUCCUUCUAGAGGUAGCCGGUAUUGGAAUAAAGAAUGGAAGAUUCUUUUCUGGUUAUUUUUAUCUAAAUAACAAUCCGGAUGGUCACUGGACAUUGUUUACGCAUGGAGAUCACAACAAAAUUACCACAUCUCUUUUGAAUGAGAAACUUUUGGAACUCAAGGCUCUUUUUGAUAGCAUAGGUGUUCUUGAUGUUGCUUCUAAAUCUGUAGUAAACUUUGAAGGACGUGUGAAAUUAUUUGAUCUUGUACACCAACCAGACGCUCUAGUACCUGAAGGUUUUGAAAAAUACACACUUGAAGCUACCAUUAAGUCUCCUGGAGUUAAGCUUACCAAGCUUUUGUUUAAUGGAUUGGAAGUUACUCCAUUGCCACUGAUGCGUUUCAACAAGUUGCAUGUUUAUUCCGAUGCUGAACAUUACUUACCUCUAUUUUUAGAAUUUCUUCAUGUCCACACUCCAGUUGAUGAUAAAGAGGUUGUAACAGCAUAUUACACUCAUAUCACCCCUUCCGGAAAUUGGGUCGCACUUGGUCCAUUUGAUAAGCAGCUGGAUGAAGUUUUGGUACUUGCCAAGUUGAAGACUUUGAAACUCAAGCUCGGUGACGUAGUAGCUCUAGACUUAGGUAAGAAGGGUGGUAGCUAUUUUGCACCAUCUGAGAUUACUGUUUUGGCUGAAGAUCUUUCAGAAAGUCAUGGAUUUGCUAAGUUUGUUCAUAAGGCUACAUCAGAUGGUCCAUUUACAGUUGGACUUUUUGCUUAUAAUGGUGCAGUUGUCCCACAUCUACCUUUGGCCAAGGUAACCUCCGUUGCAGUAUAUUUCAAAGACGAUUUGACACCUGUUUUGGUUGAUCUGGUUCAUGGAUCAGCACACAGGUUUUACGCAGUUGAUGCACAUGGACUUUGGUGGGAAGAUUUUGUUUUGCCCGCUGAUAUCAGAGGUGCCCUCAAUCUUUUGGCAGAUGAACAGGCUAAAGUGUCAGGAUUAGCAAAGCUUUCAUUGAAGCUAGAUCUUGUAACUGGAUUUUUGCCAGAGUUCAAGUCGGUUGAGGGUUCCGAGAAACCUGCUCCUUCUGAUAGACGUGAUGCAUUCCAGUACACCUAUGGUUCAAGCGGCAAAUCUGUACUCGUUACAGUUAGAAAUGGUUUUUUCUCUGUGUUUGAUGAGACCGUCCACAAAUUGUAUGGUGGAGAAUCAGGGUUUAAGCUAGUGGGACUCAAGUACUUGGGUAAAGAAUAUCGUUUAGAUGGAAAAGAUCAUGUUGCUCAUUCCGCUUCUGUAUUUUCGUUCCACGGUGUUCCACUUUUGUUGAAGUUAGUCUUGCCAUCUGGUCUUGGUGUGCAUUUUGUAUAUGAUCCAGAUAGAGACGUAUGGGUGCAUCUUGCCUCGGUCGUACAUCUUGAACAGAAACUUGAUGAGUUGGCUCUUACACACUUUGGCGUUUUACCUUUGGAUCUUGCCCGACGUUCUGACUAUGUAUCAUUGGGUAAAGAUGUAAAGGUUACUAAGGUGAAUGAUCAUCUUCCAAAUGGAUACGAGAAAUUUGUUCAUACACUUCCCAAAGUAGUUGAAGAUAAAGCAAGGACUUUAAUUGAAGAAUCGCCAUUCAAGUUGGGUAAUUUAAGGUUGUUUGGUGUCGACUUGGAUUUUGGUUCUCUCCCAUUGCACACUCGUGUAUUCGCUGUUUCUGCCUUUUUCCUAAAUGGCUUUGAUAAACCCCUAUUGUUGCACUUGAAGACUCAUGCUUCUGGUGUCGGUUCUGAAUCCGCUCCGGUUGAACACCCAGGACUUUACUUUGCAGCAGGACCUGACGGUUCAAUUUCGAAGGUUAUUGUUGCCAAUAAAACUGCACUUUGGAUAAAACUUGAGGAAAUACGAUCCACGUUCGCAGACUGGCUCGUUUUGGAUAUUGAUAGAACCACAGGUGUGAAGGAGGUUGUGGAGUAUUUCGAUAAUGGAUAUCCAUUUACCCUCAAAAAGUUUGUGGCACCUUCAGAUGCGGAUGCUGCUUCUAAAUUCCCAGCCGAGGGUUUUGUAUUGCAUCUUCACAAGCUUUCUGGAGAAGGAUUUACUCCAUUUAAGUUGGAUAAGUUAUCAUUUGCUGGACAUAAUUUGCAAUUUGUUGAUUUCUCCCAUGAAGGUCCUUUGCACGCACAUAGUCUUUCUGUUUACUCCGUUGCUGGUAGCAAUACUCCUCUCUUGCUUGGUUUAUUUGUUCCCACAGCUAAGGAUGGUGCUAAAGUUCCAGGUUACAAGGUAUUUGCUUUUGUUGAUGGAAAAUGGCAUGUUGAUGCUUCAUUUGAUGAGUUUGUUCUCCCAAUGGCUGUUGCAGAAGGGGUACACGUCGCAGAGGUUGUUGAAGAUCUCAAUAAGAAAUUCCUUGACCAUUUAGGAAAUAGAUUGAAUACACUAAAGAAUGGGUUAUCUAGCCCAUUCCUCUUGGAUUUAGCCAAGGUGAACACAUAUACAUCCGGGGCAACAACUGUAACGGUAUCUGUUGUGAAGACUGAGGAAUUGAAUCUCAAGAAGGUAUCCUUUGUUCCUUCUCUUACAACUGGUGGAUCAUCUGCUGACAAAUUCACGCUUGAAAAGGUUCUUUUCGGUGAUGAAGAGGUACUCGGUUUCGUUUUCCCACUCGCUGAUGUAAAAUCACUCCACCUGUUUAGUUUACUUUCUCGAAAUUUCAGAGCUGGUCUUCCGUUGGUUUUGGAAGUGGAGCUUGGUUCUGAGAAACUAGAAUAUCAUUAUUACCUAUAUGGUGGAGACAAUAUAUGGAAAUUGCAAUUGAAGACCUUUAUCAAGUUAGAGUUGGGUGAAGUGCUUGAUCUUGUAGGAGGGCGAUUGUACGGUUUUGAUAGAGCUGAGCACUUCUUCUUAUCAGGACUUGCAUUAGAUUUUGGAACAAAGUUCACACAUUUGAGUAGUGGAAAACUAUUGGAAGUAACAAAGUAUCUACCAGCUGCUAAUAAUGCAGUGCCAAAGGAUUUUGUUCUUUACAAAUAUCACAUGACAUCAUCUUCCACUGCCUUUCAACUCAGAUCUUUUGGACUAGAUGGACAAGUUUAUCCAUAUUCAAAUCCCCUUCUCAAUUUCGCACUCUUUGUUUACUACAAGGUGGGUGUCAAUGUGCCACUCGCAUUUGUGUUAUUCCAAGAGUCAGAGUCUGACGAAUUUGGCGAGGAUAUUAUUUGGUAUUCAUUUGUUGGCGGACGUUUUUCUGUGCUUAGCCUCCCACUUUCACCUGAAAGCCCACAUUCAAGUCCAGACCCACUUGAUCUUGCAUCAAAGGAGAAAAUUGCUAAAACGUUAGCCGAAUUAGCUGAGGGAGGCCCUAUUGCUCCUCAUAAUGAUUUACGAGUUGGCAUUCCAGCUCUUCCAGGUAGUCUUAAGAACCCACUCAAGCCAUUUGUACAGCUUUUCGCCACCGUAAAUCUUGAGCCUAGAGAAGGGACAUACAACGUGUCUGGGCAUCAGUCGAAGGGUAAUGAUCUUGAGCAGCUCAAAUUUACUGUUGGAAGUAAAUCUUUCUCCGACGCACCUGGGUUUUUAGAAUUCCAACAGACGAUAGCAGGUGUGGAUCACUUCACUGUGGCAGAUUUUGAAUAUAAUGGGCAACCCAUCUCUGGAAUCGGUGCGUAUGUUCCAAUGGACGCUGUUAAGGUUGUUUCUACUAUCUGUUGGUCACAUCCUGGAAGAUUAGAUGGUCUAAAGGGUAGACCUCUUCUUGUGAAAGUGACUGCUCAAGUACCUGGUGUACAAUCAACUACAGAAAGAUACUAUGAAAACAUUGGUGCUGGAACUACUGACAAUACCAAGUGGAGGUUUUGGAAAGAUAAUGCUUCUCAAUCUGAACUCCAAAAGAAACUCCAUCUUCUAAACUGUAGACUAAACGAUGCUGUGGUCAUAGAUAUAACUAGGCGGGUUGGACCUUAUGAUGCCUGUAAUGGAAAUAGUGAGAGUAGUGAGGCUAGAAUGACAGUUUCAAAGGAUACUCCAGAGAGCAAAUUUGAAAACUAUGAAGUUUAUGCUCACUCUCUCAACAACGGUGGUGAAGGACCAUUUAAUGUAGUAGGAUUCAAGAAUGAAAAUUCUGACAUAAUACUACCCAGAGUUGGACCAACUACCGAUGGGCCAAUUCUUAGCGUGGACCAGGUUAAAGUAUACUUUUAUUCACGUGAUCCUACAACGCCUCUUCUCAUGUACAUAAAGACCAGCGAUCCUAAACUUGGUAGUAAGAAGUGGUGGAAGUCUAAUGAUGGUAAAAACUGGGAAAAAGUGGUCUCUUUAGCCGCAUCCACUGAAAAAGACUAUGACAAAAUCCGUGAAGUGCUUGACACCAUUGAAAGAAGUCGUAAACUACCAGAAGUAACCAUUGACAUUCAUAAGAGGUUUAUCAUUGGAUUAUCUACUAAUUAUCCAAGUAAUUCUAACCUUGUUGAAGUUAUCAAUAAUACUAAUACUACGCAAGGUUUUGCUGGAUACACUCACAAAGUACAGGGUAAGAGGUGCUUCACCGUGAAUGGAUUUAAAUAUAAUGAAGAAGAAGCUAAAACAUUUUUGACUCCCAUGAAAUAUAUCAAAGAGGUGUCGGUUUUCUACUGGAUAUACCUUGAACCACCAUACAAACUUAAAGAUCAAAGAGGCAGACCUCUUCUCGUAAAGGUAACUAAAAUGGAUGGAAGUAUAGAUUGGUAUGAGAAUACUGGUACAACUGGAGAUCUAGUUUGGAGAAAUGCUACUGGAGUAUAUGACCAGAAUCUGGAAGCAAAUCUCAAACUUCUCAACUCUUCGCUCAAUCGUGCUGUUAUAGUGGAUGUAGGUAUGGACCCUUAUCCUAUUAUUUCAAUGAAGUAUGAUGCUUGUGAGAGAAACACUUUGUAUCCUCCUAAUGGCAUUCAGAAAAUGCAAGUUUCUAAGGAUCCUACUUCUGAUGGUGAAAACCCCCUUGGGAAGUAUAAGGUUUAUACUCACACUCUAAGCAAUGGAUCGGAACCGUUUCACGUGCUAUCUUUCAAGAAUGGUCUUCAUGAGGUAUCUACUGGACAUACUAGUCAUCUAUCACCCAUUCUAGAUGUAACUGAAGUUAAAGUUUACAUGUGUGGUAAUAAACCACUCUUGGUAUACAUAGACUCUAAUGAUCCUAAACUUGGUAGUAAGAAGUGGUGGCAAUCUAAAGAUGGUAAAACUUGGGAAAAAGUAGGAUCUCAACCAAGUUCUCCACAAAGCCACAAAGAAAUCCUAGAAGUACUCAAUACUCUUGGAAGUAACUGCAGCUAA